GCAAUCAAAACGAGAACACAAAUAGAGAUUGUACAUGUAAUCGAGAACAAGUUUUAUUGCUAAUAAGUAAUAAGCCUUCGGUUUAAGAGGAAUGGAAGACUGGAGGGUGAAUUGGUAGGCUCAUAACAUAAUACGAAUAUAAUACGAUGAUAAGAUUUUUGGCAUUAGGCCUAUAUAUUAAUACAGUCAGAAUAUGGUCGGAACACUGAAGAAAAUUACGAUAGUAAGUAUAUCGUAACAAUUAGGUGAUACCAUUUGACGUCUAGGUGAUGCGAAGAACAAGAUCCUAGUUAUUUCUAGAAGAAAAAAAAUGUAAUGUGCAAUGUAAGCCCUUUUAUCAGGGGUCACUCGGGCUAGUUUUCAUCUGCAGCAUUUCGUGCGCUUUGUCGCGUAAACAGACGGCGAGCAGCCGCCACCCGCGACUCCGCCCACCGGCCGACACGCCCAUCGAGCGGGAUACCUGACGGAGUUCGCCCUGCUGGCGCCGGGACGCCUCUCGCCUUCCUAGAAAUUAAAUUUUGGAUGCUUCUCAGUAUAACAAUCAAACUGUAUUGCGAUCACAAUAGUUUUUUCUGCAAGAAAUACUUUUGCGUAUUUCAAAUAUUUAUGAAAUCGCGCAGGGAGACAGACGGGAGUUAUAUAAUACAUACAAUAUUCCCCGAAUAAAGGCAUGCCUCUGUUAUUCUGCAAGUUUCCUUCUCUUCGUCCCUGAGAUACACUGUACUCGCCGUCCUGGAGGCUCGGAUUUGUCUGAACUGUAAAAAACUACGGAAACUACGGCCGUAAUCUAAUAAUGGAGAUUAUCAAGGGACAUAACUGAAUACGGAUCUUUGGGAAUUACUAACAGUCUUCUGGGUUGUGCUAAGAAGCCCUUCAUCAUGCCAGACUCACCUGCCGACGUGAAGACUCAGCCCAGGGUGACUCCGCCCACAAUGCCACCGCCUCCGACAGCACAAGCGGCCCCCAGGACCAGCUCAUUAACGCCCCCGUCACGUGAGCUAACCGAUGGCAGCGGCCACUCCCCCACCACGUCGAACGGAGUCCCCUCUCCGCUGGGCGGCUUCACCACUAGACCUUCCUCUUCCUCAUCCUCCUCCUCGUCUUCCCCUUCCUCCUCCUCCUCGUCCGCGUCGGGCAGCCUGCAGCUCCCGUUGGCGUGCGGCGCGCGGCAGCUCAGCAAACUGAAGCGCUUCCUGAUAACGCUGCAGCAGUUCGGCAGUGACAUCUCCCCAGAGAUCGGCGAGAAGGUCCGCACGUUGGUGCUGGGCCUUGUGAACUCUACUUUGACCAUAGAGGAAUUUCAUUCCAAACUACAGGAGGCCACAAACUUCCCCCUGCGCCCAUUUGUCGUGCCAUUUCUGAAGGCCAAUCUUCCUCUGCUGCAGCACGAGCUCCUGCACUGUGCCAGGGCAGCCAAGCAGAACCCAGCCCAGUACCUGGCCCAGCAUGAUCACGUGCUGCUUGACAGCAGAACCGCUUCGCCCAUGGACUCUUCUGAGCUGAUAUGCGGUGUCAGUAAGAACGGCAAGAAGAGGCUCCCCGAAAGAACCAAAGAGAAUGGUCCUAAUCGGGAGUCCCUGGGCCCCCCUGGAAAGAGGCGGUGCACAAUUAGCCCCUACCAACCAAAUGGCAUGCCACACCCCACGCCUCCUCCUCAGCAAGCCUGUUUGGACAGUACGGCUGUCACUCAUCAGCAGAGGGGCUCCCAUAGGCCAGCCAGCUGCCGGGAGCUCAGGGAACGAUCUAGGCCAUCCAGGAUGCACGGGGGACGUCAGGAAGAGGCCAUCGAUCACCGGCUCACUGACAGGGAGUGGGCGGAGGAGUGGAGGCACCUUGACCAUCUGCUGAACUGCAUCAGGGACAUGGUGGAGCGGAGCAGGUACUCCCUCACUGUGCUUCGACGCUGCCAGGAGGCAGACCGCGAGGUGCUCAGCUACUGGGUCCGCCGCUGCAGUGACAUGGAGGACCCCAAGAAAAGCAGUGCUAGCGGUCAAUCGACAGGGGUGACAUCAGGGGACCAGAACACCACCUCACCCGAGACUAACAGACAGUUGCCCCAAAGACACAUACCAGACAGCAUGCCUGAGGAGAUCUGGAAAAAAGCAGAGGAGGCUGUGAACGAGGUGAAGAAGCAGGCCAUGCUGGAGCUACAGAGUGCUGUGUCAGAGGCGGAGCGCAAGGCCCAGGAGAUGAUCCGCACCGAGCGGGCCCGCAUGGAGCGCACCGUGGCCGAAGCCAGGCGCCGGGCCACCGAGGACCUGCUCUCUGUCAUCAAUCAGCAGGAGGACUCCACCGAGAGCUGCUGGAACUGCGGGCGGAAGGCCAGCGAGACAUGCAGCGGCUGUAGCACGGCGAGGUACUGUGGCUCCUUCUGCCAGCACAAAGACUGGGAGAAGCACCACCAGGUGUGCGGUCAGACCCCAGCAGCCCACCCACAGGGCGACCAGCGGCCUGCUGCUGGCUGCCCUGCCGCCACCAGCCCCCAGGAGGACCGUCCAACUGCGGCCACAUCCGGCCCUGACACGCCCCCGCCCACUGACGCCUCACCACACUAGCAUGCCCCCUGCCUGAAACCCUCUGUAAAGCCUGUUUUUUGGAGUAGUGCAAGUAAGGAGAAGGCCAGUACUGAGCAGAGGUAGAAGGUUCAGGUUCAGAAAGUGCAAAUCAACCAGUCAGAUGAGUAUAAAGCAUCACAUUCACAGAGCACUCGACUGGUUGGUUGAAACAAAAUCUUGGUCUGGACUUGUACUUUGUGAACCUUAAUAUUCCUCCUCUGGUAAUGAGUCAUAUUGACUUUUGAUUUUAAAAAGUUGCUAUUUUGUGUUUAUUAUUGUUGCACUGCUCACAGUUUCUAUCAAUACAAGUAUUAUUACUGUUUACUGCGGUUCCCAUUCUUGUAAACAAAUGUUCAGCAAGCUGCACGUCACACGUCCUCCAGUGGUCCUUCUCCAUUUCCUUGGCUUAACACUCAACCUUUAUUUACAGCAGAUAAGAAAAGCUCUCCUAGCUGGUAAAAACCGAUGAAAACCCCAUUUUAAACAUAAUGAAUGGAUGGCUGGUUUUGAACAGGAGGAAGAGAGAAUUUAAGAGCACAAAUUCCGCAUUUUGAGAAAGUUGACUAUCACGGGGUCCUCAUGCGAAACACGCGUAUUAAAUAUGGCAGCCAUUUUAGCUCCAGACGAUGCCACAAUAUUGGCAAUUCUGCAAAAUAAACUAAGAAGUCAGAGAUUUCAAAAGAAAAAGAAUCAAUUUAGAAACACAUGCAACUAAUUCAUGAGUGACUGUGUCCCUUUUCCUCACCUGCAUUCCAUCUUUACUCACUGAUUUAGCAUUGUAGUAUUGUAAUGCAGUUAUGCUGUGUAAAAUAUCCAGUGGUAAAUGAUUCUAUGUAUUUGUAGCUUAUCUACACCCCCUAUGUUUGUUAUUUAAGAUUUACAGCUGCUUUUCCAUAUGUGUGGGACAUGGUGGUCUUUUGAAAGGAAGAAAACACCUCAAAGCUGCUUCUUCAGUCUGCUCAUAUAUUAUUUUGCACCGAGCCUUGAUGCUUUUCAGAAGAUGCGAUAAAACUGAUGGUAGAGUUUCAAAAAGAGGCCCAACCACAACGGAACAGAGGUGUCGAUGUCAGCAGUAUUCUGAAAGAGCGAAAAUGGAGAGGUCAGCCAAAGAAAGAACAGACAAAAUCUGAAUUUUAAGUCAAAAUGUAUCUGUGUUUACUCUCAAGGUCAGUACACAACACAAAGUAUGUGCAUGUUUAAUAAAAACACGAGCUCUUUCUUGUAAGGACAAAGUCAAGCUGGAUAAGAUGAGAAAGUAAGGGUGAUUCUCUGAGCAGCACAGCACAAAAGAAGGGAAAUACAAGCUGUUUAUACACGCGAAAGUUUCAUUGAUCAUCUGUGCAAACUGUGGUGCUACAACGUAUGUGUUGACUUAAAAAAAAUUGGCGUGGCCUUGUAGCGGCUUUCAUCAGUCUUACCAGCGAGAUCUUCUCUUCCAGGUUCUUCAUGUGUCAGAGGGUUCAGAUUCAAAUACUGUCAUAAAGUGUUUUCAAUCACAGUCUAGACAUGGGAGGAAAGAUCCUACUUCAGCUACACACAGGGAAAGAAUAUUAAUAACAUGUAGCUAUCUCUACCUGUCCUGUUUAAACUCCAAAGUCUUUAAUGGCAAAAUGUCUUACUCUACCUCUGAUAUGAUUUAAUAGCACUUGUCAAAGCACAUAGGAUGAUCUAAUUAAACCAAAUGGGCACAGGAGAACAGGAAAACCAAAUCCAUACCGCUUCUCAGUAACAAUGCAAACCUCACAAACCUAAUAAAAAUAAAGGUUAAAGAGCAGGUUCCUUUAUGCUGGUUAUUUGUACAGACCCAGUCAAAAUUGAAAUUUGUUGGUUAAAUGCAUUUUAAAAUAGUGUGAGAUAGCCUCCUGCGUUUGCAUGACAUUUUCCUCUUGCUUUUUUGGUUAGGAGAGGGUUACCUCUUAGUAAAGUACGUGUGAUAAAGAUUCAUCAUUAAUUUUCUAAAUGAAGUAAACAUGGUUGAACAAUGAACAUACAAAUAAAAAGCCAUGGGGGAAAUUCACUGGUCAAAUUAUCCAGUAAAAGCAGGAAAAUUAUGAUAGAUUCUAGGUAAUUUAUUUAAGUAAUAACCAUCCUGUAAACCUACCUUUCACUAAAUGAAAAUAUUGUGCAAUACUUAAUUGACAUGUACCAGAUGAUAACUAUAAGCUGUAUGCUUUGUGAGCACACGUCAGACAUUUCGAGACCACUGUGUCACAAAUGUGUUUGUUCUUUUCUAUAUUUAGACUCUAAUGUAUGUUCUGUACAAUUUUCAGUCUUGAAAGUUGCAUUCAGGUGUCGCUGUACUUCGUACAUUGUAUUAAACGUAUGCUGAUCUCUAUACUA